AUGAUUACAACAACAACAAUGACGACGAAAACAUAUUUCUCGACGUAUAAUUUCGAACAAAUGCUUAAUAUCAAAUUUGAUCCAACAUUUUUACCCGUUGCAGCUACAAGUUUUACUUUGUUUAUAUUUCUCUAUAAAGUUAUUAAUCCGAUUUUAUCAAAUUUAUUAAUCAAAGAUUAUAAAAAUUUUACUGAUGGACAAAAAAUUGAUUGGAGUACAAGAAUUAAUUCAUCCAUUAACUCACUUACUGUUGGUAGUAUUUGUAUAUAUAUGAUGAUUGCUGAUCAUGGACUUGAAGUCAAUCCACUUUUGUACAAAAGUUAUUUGUUAAAAACAAAUCUAUGCAUUGUCAUUGGAUAUUUACUAAGUGACACAGCAAUAAAUAUUAUACACUACAAAAAAAUUGGUGAUCCAUUUAGUAUGGCUCAUCAUCUUGUGUCUGUCUAUGCUUUUGUACAUGUGUUAACAUUGAAUGUUAUGCCGUAUUUUGCUAAUUUUCGACUACUUGCGGAAUUAUCAACGCCUUUAGUAAAUAUCAGAUGGGUUCUUGAUACGUUGAAAUUUUCCAAAACAUCCAAAGCAUUUGUAUUUAAUGGUCUUUUUAUGACUCUCGUUUUCUUUUUUGUUCGCAUAUUAGCAAUGCCUAUUUAUUGGUGGAAAGUUUACACAGUUGCGAUUACACCACUGUGGAUACACAUGGGCCAUUUUCGAUUCGUUCUUAUAAUUGUAUGUACUGUACUUGAUAUUAUCAAUUUAUAUUGGUUUUCCAAAAUGGCUCGAGGCUGUUCAAGAAUAAUAAGAGCUGUUUAUGGAAAAAAGCAUGGAUAG